ACGAAAAUACGGGUACAUGGUAAACUUGGCCAACACAGUAAUUUUUUUGCAUUUCUUCAGAGAUGGUGUACUACUUUUGUUUGGAGGGUGAAACGUAGGGGUACCACCAACCCAGGCAGCAAGUAUCUGACAUACGCACCCCUACUUGCAUCUCGAAAACGAGGCACACUGGCUGUCGCUACAAUGCACACUGAGCAUGUUGCAUUCGCACUCGAUGCAGUAAAUAGCGGAAACCCGAGAGCCGUCAUCAGCACCCAUAACAGAAAACCCCCCUUCACAGACCUGGCCGCAAUACGCCUGGCCAUCAGAUGGCGCCAGGUCGCUCUAUCAAGGACGAUUCCGCGCUGGAUGCGAAAGGUCCAAGUCGAGAGGGUCAGGCGAGCUGUUUUGGAAUUCGUGAACGGCCCCCAUAAAGUUGGCAAACUGCUUGGGGUGCUGCCGUGCAAAUGUGCCGCCUGGAGAGCCAUCAACGUAGAUGCAUUGGCCAUUCAGAGUAUAAGCGUAGAGACCGUGCCGGCCAACAAACGGCCAGGUGCUGUGAUCUCUGGUGGAUUCGAGAGCAUCGUACGAGACUUGGGUGCAGUUCCAGGACGCCACCAGCCAGAUGGGCAGCAUAAAUAGGAAGAGACCAAUGAUUCGGCGGGUCAUUUUGCUAUUUGGAAGCUUGGUGAUUUCCGAGGGUGAAUGCUUAAUAAAACGAUGUAUGUUGGGGUCGGCCUGGGAUUUCGACUUUCGAGGGGAAUGGUUGGGCUUUUAUAGAGACGAAAUCCUUCAUCAGCGGUAAAUGGCCAACAAUGCGCAGGCCACGUCAAUGGGCUCAUGUGUCCCCAUGUGUCCCCGUUUGUCGUUCUAGAACUUGCGUUUGACAAGCACACUUGACAAGUACAAUGCUACAUUGUGCCCAGGACUGAUUGUUAAAAGAUUAAUGAGAUUGCGUUGUAAAAU